AUGGGCCUCAUCGGCCUGGCCGUCAUGGGUCAGAACAUUAUCCUUAACGCUGCCGACCACGGUUUCACCAUCGCUGCCUUCAACCGUACUGUCUCAAAGGUCGACAAGUUCCUCGCCAACGAGGCCAAGGGCAAGUCCAUUGUCGGCGCUCACUCCAUUGAGGAGUUUGUUUCCAAGCUCAAGAGCCCCCGCCGUGUCAUGCUGCUCGUCCAGGCCGGCAAGGCCGUCGAUGACUACAUCGAGACCCUCAUCCCCCUUCUCGAGCAGGGCGACAUCAUCAUUGAUGGUGGUAACUCCCACUUCCCUGACUCCAACCGCCGCACCAAGUACUGCGCCUCCAAGGGAAUCCGCUUCGUCGGCUCCGGUGUCUCCGGUGGUGAGGAGGGUGCCCGCUAUGGUCCCUCUUUGAUGCCCGGUGGCAACGAAGAGGCUUGGCCUUACCUCAAGGACCUCUUCCAGUCCAUCAGUGCCAAGAGCGAUAACGAACCCUGCUGCGACUGGGUUGGUGACGAGGGUGCUGGCCACUAUGUCAAGAUGGUCCACAACGGUAUCGAGUACGGUGACAUGCAGCUCAUCUGCGAGGCCUACGACAUUUUGAAGCGUGGUCUCGGCCUCUCCAGCAAGGAGAUCGGUGAUGUCUUCGCCAAGUGGAACAAGGGUGUCUUGGACUCUUUCCUGAUUGAGAUUACUCGUGACAUCAUGUACUUCAACGACGACGACGGCGUCGCCCUUGUCGAGAAGAUUCUCGACAAGGCUGGCCAGAAGGGUACCGGCAAGUGGACUGCUGUCAACGCUCUUGACCUUGGCAUGCCCGUCACCCUCAUCGCCGAGGCUGUCCUUUCUCGCUGUCUGUCCGCCAUCAAGGAGGAGCGUACCAAGGCCUCUACCCUUCUUUCCUACGUUGGCCGCAACAACAAGUUCGAGGGCAACAAGGAGCAGUUCAUCGACGACCUCGAGCAGGCUCUGUACGCCUCCAAGAUCGUCUCCUACGCCCAGGGUUUCAUGCUCAUGCAGGAGGCCGCUAGGGAGUAUGGCUGGAAGCUGAACAAGCCCUCCAUCGCCCUCAUGUGGCGCGGUGGUUGCAUCAUCCGCUCCGUCUUCCUCAAGGACAUCACCAACGCCUACCGCAACAACCCCGACCUCGAGAACCUCCUCUUCGACGACUUCUUCAACAAGGCCAUCCACACUGCUCAGCCUGGCUGGAGAGACGUCGUCUCCAAGGCCGCCCUUCUUGGCAUCCCAACUCCGGCCUUCUCCACUGCCCUCUCCUGGUUCGACGGCUACCGCACCAAGAACCUGCCCGCCAACCUCCUCCAGGCUCAGCGUGACUACUUCGGUGCUCACACAUUCCAAUUCCAGGAGGAUGCGGUGUCCAAAUACAAGCAGGGAAAUUCUAGUGUCCACGUAAACUGGACUGGCCGCGGAGGCAAUGUUUCUGCUUCUAACUACAACGCAUAA